AUGAACACAAAGCCUAUCAAUGCUUUUUAUUUGCAGAUAAUCAGCCUGCUGCUCUUAACGAUGGUGCGUGCCGCAUCCAAAUACUACGAUGGUCCGAUACGGCCGUACGAGUUUGGAUUCAACAUCGAAGGACAUCAGCACAGGAAGGAAUCCAAAGAUAAAAAUGGAAUCAUUAUGGGCGAGUUCGGGUUCAUUACGGCCGAUAAUGUUUACCAUGUCACGGUGUAUGCCACCGACGAGGACGGUAACUUUAAAAUUGUCAGCAUGAAAAACUAUAAACUAGGCCCAACAACACCGCCUCCGGCACCUCCACCACCACCACCCCCACCCACGGUACCGCCAACAACGACGCCCGCUCCUACGACUACGUCCACCACUCCGCAACCAUUCCGCAUCAUCACCACCGCCAAAUCGAUCGUUCCACUCACCACACCGAAAUCUUCCAACGUUGCGUCCUGCUCGGGAUGCAAAAUUCCCGAACCACCAACGCCCGCCACUACACAACCUCCACUGCCGGAAACUAGUACACUGUACGUGCCACCGUUUAAAAUCGUCAACAAAAAUGAUCUUGAGUCGGUGGGCGGUACGAAAACUACACCUGGUGCGAUACCAAGUACGACCUCGGCUACAGCGAGCGGAACAGAAUCUCCCCAAGAUGUGCCACAGAAGCUGGUGGAGAAAGCUCCGAAAGAUGCAAACGAACGUACAAAAGCGGGUGAUGGCCCGAAUCGAAAUGCAGCACCGAAUGCAAAUGCAGAUAAUCCUAAACUGCACACGAAAAAUGUUAACAAAUCGAACGAACAAGCAAGCGCUGAACGGAAAACGCCUAAAGAAAGCAACUCUCAAACCCACUCUCGAUCUGAUGGUUUCAAUAAGGACGAUAAACCCACCUCCAAGCAAGAUAAAGACGAUCCGAUGAAGCUGAUCGAGAUACACACUGCCAACAUGAUCCAGCACAUCCUGAACGGACUGCUCUAUCGAUUCAACUACACUGCCGGCUAUCAUGGCCACCACGAGCAGGGUGAUCGGCAAGGGAAUAAGGAGGGCGGUUACUACUCCAUCGGCCGGGACGGCAUUCGGCGAGGAGUGAGCUAUAAAGCGAAUGAGUUCGGAUUCCAGCCACACAUCAAGUUCGAGAAGGUCAGCCCGGAGGAAACGCCACGAGAGGAAACAGAAAAGCAGGCCGGUUUGAAGGGAUUCGACUUCAAGUGGUUCUACGGAUCGUAACGACUGGGGACGGUUG